GCACUACCAUGCUCAGCUGAAUGCUAUCUUUAUCAAUCACUAUAAAUAAAAGUUUUGAACAGCAGUGUGAAACACCAACUUGAAAGAUAAUUUGAGGCUGUAGGAGGGGCCACCCAGGGGAGAAUCCUCUGGACUCGGAGAUUUGGGAACUUGUGCACUACGCUGUGUGUGCAGUGAAUGAGCCUGUCCCUGUGAUGUCGCAGGAUGUUCUUGGUCACCCAUUAUGACCUUCCUCUGAUGACAUCAGUGUGGCGAGGUGGUGCAGAGACCAGGCGUGCUCUAGAGGGUCAGGAGGUUACAAUUCCAUGGAGACUGUGGGUGAGAAAAAAACAGAUGAAGUGGACAAGGAUACAAUCCUUGCAAAGCAAGAGAAAAUCAGUGAGUAUUGCCUUGAGGACAUCGAGGAGAAGUUGUCGGAUUCGACAGACGGCGAUGGUGACGAUGACACCAACGAUGAAGAUGACGAAGGCACCCCUAAAAAGGAGACUCGUGCCCCGCUAGAGUUGAUGGCAGAAUUUCUGAGAGCAGAGAUGGGCCGAGACUACCAGCUGGCCAAAAAGUUAUGUCAGAUGAUCCUAAUCUACGAACCAGAAAAUCCUGUGGCCAAGGAAUUUUUCUCACUUAUUGAAGAAAUAUUGCUAAAGGAGGAAGCUCAGAAGCAGAAGGACGAGGAAGAGGACAGUGAAGAGGACACCAGCAGUGAGAGCGAGGCGGAGAGCAGUGAGGAAGGGAGCGAGGACAGCUCCGACGAGUGUGAAGACGGGUCCUGAGGUCGCUGCUGUGGAGAGUUAUUUUCACGGGUGUAUGCCAUGCGAAUGAAAAUAUAAAGGAGAGAGCUACUGUGCAGCCUAACGCCUAACUGUGGUUUCUUCGGUACAGAGUUCCAGCGAUCUGCACUCUUAGUUUGAGCUCCUCGCUCCGUGUUCAGGCUUAGACCAAGACACGUCACUUAGAGAGGGAAGGAGGGAGGAAAUAUGACAUCCUGGGAGCAUAGCGCAUGCCCCACCCUAUUUAAUCUUAAAACCCCAAGUAAUAUGUUACCAUCCCCAUUUUACAGGUGGGAAAAGUGAGGCAUGGGGGGAGUAAAUAGUUUCUCUAGUGAGAGUCACCUGUUUGUAGGGUCUGGAUUUGCCUCUGUGACCUCAUGGCUCAACAGCUGGGCUUUCAGUCCCCUUUCAAUGACUGCCCCAUCAAACUUUAACAAAGAAGUCAUCUGUCCAUGUCACAGAUCUGGAGAUCUCAUCUCCUCUCUGGCAGAGAAACAACAGAGUGUGUGUGUGUGUGUGUGUG